AUGAGCUUUGUGGAUGAGGUGGCCGAGGCAGUGUCCAUGGGGUCUGAGUGGAGGAGGUCACAGGGGGCGAGCUCACCUCCACCCGGCCAUUUCGAUUGCUGGCUCGAUUGUAUGCUUACCUCGCUACAUGCCUAUCUGUUGCCUGUGUUAAGCAUUUGGCGCCCUCCCUGCCAUUCCUACCCACACAGGUGUUAUGUGUGUACAGAGAAGGCAGGAGAUGAGGCCACAGAAGAGGAAGGAGGUGUUAUCAGUAGAGGGAGGAGGAUGUAGACUUAAGAGAAAAAAGGGUUGUACAUUCUCAAGUGAAAAGAGUAUGAUGUGGAAGAAGAUAGAACCACUACACUUUACAGCUGGAUAAAUCUGAGCAAUGGCGAUCCUAUGAAUCACAAUACCCAUAACAAGUACCGUGGCAAGAAACCAUCACCUACAAAGAACCAGGAGACGACGUCCAAGUACAGUAUUAAAAAAGCAAACAAAAAACAAUAGAUGACCAGUGAAGCUUUUAUAUUGAGAACGUGAAUUUGCUGCUCUUACAUUCUUAAGUUAUGCCUCCUUUCUUAUUCCUUCCAUUGCUUCUGUUGCUUUUCUCCCGUGAAGCACAUCAGGAUGGACCGAGAGGUUCCUGGCGUCGCAGAUUUCGCUGGGAGACCAAUGGGAGAGUUUUUAGCCUCCAGAGUUCAGGAUCUGACCAUAAAGUUGGGACUUUCUACAUCUCGGAGGUUCGAAAUCAUGCUAAUCCAAGGAGGUAUCCAGGGUUACAACAAGGAGAUCAAAGUAGUGGUCGACAAGGGAUUUUUGAUCAACAUCGAUUUAUAGCUCAGGUUCCCACUCCAAGGAAUGAUGCUACAGUGAGAACCUCUACAAGUGAGGAAGCACAUCAGAUCACUCAGAGGGAGACACUCCAGAAAAAUGAUGUCACACGAGUAUAUUCAACACUAGUCAUAGGAGAAGUACAACCCUCUGCUCACCAGCUUGGGGUCACAGCAGCAACAAGUACACAUAGGAAUGACUUAAAACACAGAUUAUCUACACAGAGAAAUGAUGUUAAGGAGAACAUGGUUACGCCAAGGAAUGCUGUAACAAAGGGAAGUCGAAUACAAACAAUUGAGGAUGCUCCAUGGACUAAUUCACCGAGAAAUUCUAUAACACCAUCACAACCUAAUACAAUUAGUCACAGGCUUACUCCUCAGGUGAAUGAAGCUUUACAGAGGAGUGCUCUGCCUCAGAGAACCGUUACUUACAGGAAUGAUGACAUUCAUAGUAGGCCUAUUCUAGAAACAGCUUCCAAUCAGAAUGAUGUAACCCCUGCAAAUUUAAAUGACAUUUCCCGUGAAGUCGUGGCACCUAUCCGGCCACUAGACUCUCCACCAGCCAUACAAAGAAUGGCGGGAGACGACCCCAGAAGUCCUUACAGGAACAGAAAUUUGGUACAGUCCAAUGUGGUCCCAAGUGGCCGAAGACCAGGAACAAGACUCUAUCAGUAUGGACUUCCCGAUCUCAUUCCUGAUGCUCUUUUCAUUCAAACUGCCACGUAUAUCCAGAGGGUUCCCUUGUACAGUCUCCAGUGCGCAGCAGAAGAAAACUGUUUAGCUAGAUCGGCCUACUCACCAGGUAUUUCAGAAAUAAGUACAAGGGUUUUACUUCGUUUCCCUCAACGAGUUAAAAACCGUGGCACAGCAGACUUCUUACCAGUGAAGCCAAGACAUACAUGGGAAUGGCACAGCUGCCAUCAGCAUUAUCACAGUAUGGAUUCCUUUAGUCAUUACGACCUUCUGGACUCAGCGACCAAUCGAAAGGUGGCAGAAGGUCACAAGGCUAGCUUUUGCUUGGAGGAUACCUCAUGUGAUUUAGGAGUAAGGCGGCGCUAUGCCUGUACAGCACACACCCAGGGACUGAGUCCAGGAUGUUAUGACACUUAUCAUGCCAACAUAGAUUGUCAAUGGAUUGAUAUUACUGAUGUUUCCCCAGGAAAAUACAUUCUUAAGGUCUCUGUGAAUCCAAAUUUUCUAGUCCUGGAGUCAGAUUUCUCUAAUAACGCAGUGCGAUGUGACCUGACCUACACAGGAAGCCAUGUAAUAACUCGGAAUUGCCGCCUUUCCAGCAUCUGAAGACAACAAAAUAAUUCUAAGUGGAAUGUAACUGGGCGGACAUCAAGAUGGUGUUACAUUGAUUGUUACAUAUAAUCAGGAAUGACUAUCUGAUAUGGGAAAAAACAUGGUUCUGUUUAUGAUACAGGAGAAAGAGCACAGUAUAA